GCGAGCGAAUGCGUUGUUAUAAAAGCUAACGGACUAUUAUGAAAAUAUCCUCUUUAUUGGAAUGUUAUAAGACAGUAUAAAAUAAAUAUUUAAACAAAUUUUGUGGAUAUGAAUAUUUAAGAUCCCGAAAUCAUUUCAAUCAUACUUAACCAUAUACAUAUAAGUUUGUAUGUAUGUAUAUAAGUGAAGUGCCGCAUCCUUUGGUGAAGCCACAAAUGUUUGCAGGAGUUAGCACAACAACAACUAGAGUGAACAACUCGUGCUGCUACUUAAACAUUCGCCGCAUCUGUGAGAUUCGUUUCGGAGGCCAUGUCGUGCGCAUCGCAGCCGCCUACUGUUCGAAUGCGCAAGUGAGUGAAUGAGUGACGCAUGCGCGAGUGCAAAAACUACAUAAAACUCGAGUAAAAUAAAUAACAAAACCCACAUGCAUACAUAUAUAUAUGUAUAUAUAUAUAUAAAUAACACAAAGCAAAGGUAUUCCAAUAACAAAACGAUUGAGCGGUUUUCUGCCUGUGGGAAUGGUGGCAGCAGAAUAGCGGCAGCUGCUAUUUUUCGAUUUCUUUAGAUAAUUUAACUGUAUGUGUUUUAAAAGUGCAUAUUCACGUACAUGCAUUCUUACAUAACGGCAUACGAAAGCAACAGCAGCUGUAUAAAGAAAUUCAAUGCGAGUCUAAUAAUAGUUUAAGCAAUUCCAACAACAAAAAUAAUUAUAACUAUGUGAAGUGCAGUGAAAUUCAAAAAAAUAAAUCCAAUUGGAAAAAUAUCAGUGUUUGCAUAUUAAAAAAUAUUUUGCAUAAAGUCCAAUAAGAAGCUGAUUUUUAACUUCACCAAUACUUGGCGAUUUAUGAGUUUCUGUAUUUAAGUUCUACGAAAUUGUGUGAAGAGUUGUGUGUGUGUUUUUAUGUCUGGCAGUGAAUGCAACUGCUUUAUAAAAAUAAAUUUCUGGUCAUUUCAUUAAAAUCCAGUGUAUUGCGGUUUUCCGAUUGUGUUUUCGUAUUACCAGUCUCUAAAGUGCUAGUGAAUAGUUCAAAAUGUCCCACUGCCUAGAGCGACACCGGUUAUGCAGGGCACUUGCCAACUUCUCAAGCACAAACAAUCGCUUAUUAAUAAUCAUCAUCACAGUGUCCAUGUAUCUGACGACGCUGCCCCUAGCAACUGCACUGCAUGAGCACACACAUGCGCACCAACGCCAUCAUCACCACCAGCAGCACGGCGGCGUUGCGACAAAUUCCACAGCCCCAGGCGCAGCUACACAUGCCGCCAGCAGCAGCAACAGCACCACCAGCACAGCGUCCAGCACCGUUCCGAUGACGGGCAUUCAUCACACCAAUUGGCGUCGCAUCGAAAUGAUGGAUGCCAAUGGCCUUUACUGGCUGGAGUGGUGGCUGAAAGGGUCCACAUCGAAGGAGAUAUACUUUCGUGCCACCGCCAAUACGCGCGGCUUUAUUGGAAUCGGGUUUGCGCGGAAGAGUGCGCGCAUGGCCAAUGCCGAUCUGGUAUUGCUGUGGGUCGAUGAUCACACCGGCAAAGCUAAUGCACUGGACUGUCAUGGCUCAGCAAAACAUCCUAACGCAGCACCCAUACAAGAUGAUACGCAAAAUUAUAAUGUGAUCGAUGGAGGACAAAACUCAACACAUACCUGGGUGGAAUUUUCACGUAAACUCGAAACUUGCGAUCCCUAUGAUUUGCCACUGGGUGGAGACACUGUCAAAGUGUUGUGGACCUUCGGCGACACCGAUCCAAUAUAUGGCGAUCUAAAGGGGCAUGGCAAAAAUCGUGGCUUUCGAUCUCUCAACUUACUUGGUCCUAUGUUUCGCAAAGAAAGUAACUCUGACACCCACAAAUGGGAUGUCACAGUCCAAAACGUUACGAUUGAAUCCAACAUGGAUACGCUCUACUGGUGUAAGAUUAUACGGGCGCCCCUUUUAAAUGAGAAACACCACAUAAUUGGUUAUGAGGCGCUGUUGUCACGGGAGAGCAACACCAACCAACCGCUCGUGCACCACAUGACACUCUUCGAAUGUUCGACAAAGUCAUAUCCCGGCUCGGAUCCCCUCUCUUGGGAAGUGUGGGUGAAGAGUAGCGGCGCGGUAUGCAACAGUAAUUUAUUGACGCCACAUGACUGGGACUCCUGCAUCACACCAGUGGCAGUAUGGUCUGUUGGCUCGACAGGACAAUUUCUGCCACAGCACGUCGGCAUACCUUUGGGUGGAAAACAAGGCGCUAAAUACUAUAUGCUGGAAAUACAUUACGACAAUCCGCGCGCCCAACAAAUGGUCGAUCACUCAGGCUUUCGUAUCCAUUACACCAAUAAUCUGCGACCAAACGAUGCUGGUAUAAUGAUUUCCGGUGUAUCCGUUUCGGACACCCAACUCAUUCCGCCCGGCCAAAGACUGUAUCGCAAUGUUGGCAUUUGUGGGCCAUCCUGCUCGAAUGUGAUGUUUCCCGCGGACGGCCUCAAAAUCAUAUCCGGCACACUGCACUCACAUCGCGCCGGUCGCAAAAUGACACUUCGGCAUGUGCGCGAUGGUAAGGAGCUGGAGCGCAUCAUCGAGGACGACAACUACGAUUACAACUACCAACAGGUGCGUCAGCUGGAACAGGAAGUUGUAGUACUGCCGGGCGAUUACAUUAUUACAGACUGCGCUUAUGAGACAAUGAACCGCAAACAUCCAACCUUCGGUGGCUACUCAACCAAACAGGAGAUGUGUCUGUCCUUUAUCACUUACUAUCCACGCAUUGAGUUGACUGGCUGCUACAGUAUGACGCCUGUGCGGGAGUUCUUCGAGACAUUUGGCGUUUAUCAAUUCUACUCGCUAAACAUGACAGAUGUGGAGAAUUUAUUCCUUUACAAUGGUAACGUCUUGGACUACAUACCGAAUACGAUUUAUGCGAAAACGAAAAAAAAUCGCGUCAACAUGACUGAGGAAGAGCGGCUCUAUGAGGAAUCGUUACUAAAUAAAUUAAUAAUUUCGGACCCCGUCGAAUUUCAUGAUCGGACUUUUCUCUCGCAUUUAAAGCAGCUGCCCUGGUCUGAGCCGCUUUUUACGAAACGUGUCGAACAUACGAUGAUCACUGGCAAGCAUAUGACUUUCUGCAGGGUAUCAAACGACUCCAUUUCCAUACCUUCCGAGAUUAUACGCUAUCCAAAUUUCACAACGUUCGUCAAGGAGCCCAGCAUCUGCCCCUACCCCCUAUUGAUAGACAGCGCACCACUCAAUACCGGCACUACAGUGGUGUUAUGGCGCCCAAUCAUUUCAAUUUCUACACUGGUGCUGAUGCUGACAAAUUUCGUAUCUUAACUCAGGCUUAUUUAUUUAAUUUUUUAUUAUAAAUUUUAGUAUUUAUUUAACAUGAAAUCCUUCACUAUAUUAAUUUAUUUUUUCCCCUUUACUUUUCCUCCGGAUAAGUGUAAAAAUGUAUAACGUUUGUAUGUAUAUAUCGAUACUUGUAUUUACCUAAUUUAUUAGUUUGAAAUAUUUACACUAACGUUUGUUUCGAAGAACGUCUAAAUUUGUAUUUUACUCGUAUUAAUCACUCCAUUGUAUACUUGCAUGAAUUUGCCUGAAGUUUUCAGUCGUUUCAACUACAAACGCGUAGUCGUAUCUUCUAAGAAAAAAUAAGCUCUUUGCAAGAAGGGAAAUAGUCAUAAAAUAUAUCAGCGCUACUUAAUAUACUUUUUAAGUUUUACUAAUUUUAGGUGAUGAUAUGUAUUGCGUGCUCUUAUGAGUGCAUAGUUUUAAGAAUCUCGAUCCAAAGAAUUAGUAUUAAAAGAUCUUCAAUGACCAUGUAACAUCAUAGCACUGUAAGGAAUGAAAACAAAUUCAUAUUUAUCAAUAAAGAUUUAACUCUAAAGAAAAUGAUUAUUUCGUACACGUUAA